UUGACAAAACGCUUCGACAUUGGCGACCUGAGUAGUCGAGUUGGGAGAGGGAGGAGACUGCAGAGAGACUCCCGAGUUGACAGACGAGGAUUUACCACACGGUAGACGACCGGAUUAUCAGAAAACAGAUCAGCAGAGCAGCAAGUGCACCGACGCUACCGCUUCAGUCACAUUCAUCUCUUCAGGAUGGCAGAAACAAAGGGGAAAUUUGACUUUGCCAUAGACCGCGGCGGCACGUUCACGGAUGUCUUCGCCAGGCUUCCGGACGGUCGGGAGAGAGUGCUCAAGCUGCUGUCCCACGACCCCCAGAACUAUGAGGACGCUCCUACCGAAGGGAUCCGCAGAGUCCUGGAGGAGGAAACCGGCCGGACCUUUCCUCGGGAGCAGCCUGUGGACACCUCUCUGAUUGGUUGGAUACGGAUGGGUACCACGGUGGCAACCAAUGCGCUGUUGGAGAGGCAAGGGGAGAGGACUGCUCUCCUGGUCACCAAGGGCUUCCGGGAUCUGCUGCACAUCGGCACCCAGGCCCGGCCAAAGCUCUUUGAUUUGGAAGUGUCUGUGCCUGAGGUGCUGUAUGAAGAAGUGAUAGAGGUGGACGAGAGAGUCAUCCUUAAGCAAGAGGGUUGUCAUCUACCAAGAAAAGAACCCAAGCGCAUUGUCACAGGCAGCACCGGGGACUCCCUGGAGGUGCUGCGGGAGCUGGACCUGCAGCGUGUGGAGAGGGACCUGAGAGGCGUCCUGUCACGUGGCAUCACCAGCCUGGCAGUGCUGCUCCUGCACUCCUACACGUGGUCAGCCCACGAGAAGGCGGUGGGCUCGCUGGCACGCAAGCUGGGCUUCUCCCAGGUGUCCCUGUCCAGCGAGGUCAUGCCCAUGGUGAGGGCAGUGCCACGCGGGUACACCGUCUGCGCCGACGCCUACCUCACACCCAAGAUCCACCAGUACCUGAAAGGCUUCACCUCGGGCUUCAGGGGCGCACUGAAGGACGUGAACGUGCUCUUCAUGCAGUCGGACGGAGGUCUGACUCCCAUGGAGCAGUUCUGCGGCUCGCGGGCGGUGCUUUCGGGGCCGGCGGGGGGCGUGGUUGGCUACGCCAUCACCUCCUACAGCCAUACGGAGGAGAAGCCUGUGAUUGGCUUCGACAUGGGGGGAACGUCCACGGACGUGAGCCGCUACGCCGGACAGUACGAGCACGUGUUCGAGGCCACCACGGCCGGCGUCACCCUGCAGGCCCCUCAGCUGGACAUCAACACGGUGGCGGCCGGAGGAGGCUCCCGCCUCUUCUUCAGGUCGGGUAUGUUUGUGGUGGGGCCGGAGUCUGCUGGUGCCCAUCCAGGUCCAGCCUGCUACAGGAAGGGUGGCCCGCUGACGGUCACAGAUGCUAACCUGGCUCUGGGCCGCCUGCUGCCCUCCUACUUCCCCCGGAUCUUUGGCCCUGGAGAAGACGAGCCGCUCUCCACCGAAGACACCAUGAGGCACUUCCGCCAGCUCACCCGCGAGAUCAAUCACUUCCUGUCCACCAGCCAAUCGCAGGCCAGCGCCAAUGGGGCCGCCAAUUCCAACUACGGCAAAACCCAGGGCAGCAAAUCUGAGAUGAGCAUGGAGGAAGUUGCCAUGGGUUUUGUCCGUGUGGCAAACGAGGCCAUGUGUCGUCCAAUCAGGGCCCUGACCCAGGCCAAGGGGCACGAUACGUCCCAACAUGUGUUGGCUUGUUUCGGCGGAGCGGGCGGCCAGCAUGCCUGCGCCAUCGCGCGGGCCUUAGGGAUGAAGAGCGUCUUCAUACACAAGUACAGCGGUGUGUUGUCGGCCUACGGCUUGGCCCUGGCUGACAUGGUGGAGGAGGUGCAGGAGCCGUGCUCCCUCCAGUACGAGCCGCGCUCCUUCUCCGACCUGGACCGCAGGGUGGAGAAGCUCUCCCAACGCUGCCAGCACACCCUGCAGGACCGGGGCUUCAGCGGAUCGCAGAUCAGCACCGAGGUGUUCCUCCACCUGCGCUACGAAGGAACUGACUGCGCUCUCAUGGUGACGGCCACCGGUUACCCUAGCAACUCCAAGUCCUGUCGCUCUGGUGACUUCCGCAGUGCUUUCACUAAACGCUACUUGAAGGAGUUUGGCUUCACUAUCCCAGAGCGGCCCAUAAUGGUGGAUGACAUCAGAGUGAGGGGUUCUGGGAAGUCAGGCAUCAGAUCCAUGACCACGGCCAAGUCUGCACACGGCAACGCCAAGCCCACCACGGUGACCAAGUGUUACUUUGAGGACGGUUACCUGGACACCAGCGUCUACCUGUGGGAGGAGUUGCAGUGCGACUACAGCAUCCAGGGACCAGCCAUCAUCAUCGACAAGAACAGCACCAUCCUGGUGGAGCCCAGCUGCGUGGCUCAGCUGACGGCAGGGGGGGACGUGCGCAUCGCGGUGGGCUCCGACCCCCACUGCGCCCUGGGCACAGAGCUCAACACCGUGCAGCUCUCCAUCUUCUCCCACCGCUUCAUGAGCAUCGCAGAGCAGAUGGGUCGAGUGCUUCAGCGCACCUCCAUCUCCACCAACAUCAAGGAGCGCCUCGAUUUCUCCUGCGCCGUCUUCGGCCCAGACGGGGGCCUCGUAUCGAACGCACCCCACAUCCCUGUCCAUUUAGGGGCCAUGCAGGAGACCGUGCAGUACCAGAUCAAGGCUCUGGGGGGGAGUCUGCGGGAGGGGGACGUGAUCCUCAGCAACCACCCGUGUGCCGGGGGGAGCCACCUGCCGGAUCUGACCGUCAUCACCCCCGUGUUCAGGAGAGGUGUGAGUGGGCCGGUGUUCUUCGUGGCCAGCAGGGGGCACCAUGCUGACAUCGGGGGCAUCACUCCAGGCUCCAUGCCCCCACACUCCACCACCCUGCAGCAGGAGGGAGCCGUCUUCACCUCCUUCAAACUGGUCACCGGGGGAGUCUUCCAAGAGGAGGCUGUAACUGAGGCCCUCAUGGCUCCGGCUCAGUACCCAGACUGCUCGGGGACACGCAAUCUCCAUGACAACUUGUCGGACCUGCGGGCUCAGGUGGCGGCCAAUCAGAGGGGCAGUCAGCUGGUGGGGGAGUUGAUUGACAGCUACGGACUGACCGUGGUGCAGGCUUACAUGGGCUACAUCCAGAGCAACGCAGAACUGGCAGUCAGGGACAUGCUGAAAGAUUUUGCUCGUCGCCGGCUGCAGCAGACCGGCUCCCUAGAUGUGGAAGCGGAGGAUUUCAUGGACGACGGAACACCAAUCAGGCUGCGGGUCCAGAUCAACAAGGAUGAGGGUAGUGCUGUGUUUGACUUCACUGGGACUGGCACAGAGGUGUGGGGCAACUGUAAUGCUCCCCGGGCCAUCACCUUCUCAGCCCUCAUCUACUGCCUGCGCUGCAUGGUGGGCCAGGAUAUCCCCCUCAACCAGGGUUGUCUCACGCCUAUCAAGGUAAUCAUCCCCCCAGGCUCCAUCCUGCAGCCUUCCCAGAAUGCAGCUGUGGUGGGCGGGAACGUGCUGACGUCCCAGAGGGUGGUGGACGUCAUCUUCCGUGCGUUUGAAGUCUGUGCGGCCUCACAGGGCUGUAUGAACAACGUGUCAUUCGGCAGCGAGAAGAGCGGUUACUAUGAGACCGUUGCCGGGGGAGCCGGAGCGGGUCCGGGGUGGAACGGGCGGAGUGGUGUCCACAGUCACAUGACCAACACGCGCAUCACUGACCCAGAGAUUCUGGAGAAGAGGUACCCUGUGAUUCUGGAGCAGUUCUCCCUCCGGCCAUGUUCCGGGGGCGCAGGGGAGUACUGCGGUGGAGACGGGGUUGUCCGCAAACUCCUGUUCAGAGACAAGGUGGUUCUGUCUGUGCUAACGGAGAGGCGCUCCACACGACCCUACGGCCUUAAAGGAGGGGAGUGUGGGGCCUCAGGGCUGAACCAGCUCCACAGAGCCGAUGGGAGAAUUCUCAACAUGGGGGCCAAGACCACCGUGACUCUGGAGCCAGGGGACAUGUUCUGCCUGUACACGCCCGGGGGAGGGGGCUACGGCAGUGAGGAGGCCGGCUAUGGGAGGACCCAGGCCAAGCGCCAGCGCACGAACGAGCCCUUCCCAGAGAGAGGCAGCGUGUUUGAGUACCGCAGAUCUCAGGAGAGUGUGUGAGAGAGGGAUGGAGAGAGAGGGAUGGAGAGAGAGAGAGAGAGAGCCAGGAGAGGAGAGGAACCGGGGGUCAGAGAAAACAGAAGACAUUACUGUGAGUAGAGAAAGGGAUGGGACAAAGAUUGAGUGAAAGUGAAUGGAGGCCGGGAAGAUUGAAAAUGAUUCCUGCACCAGCUCCAGUUCAGUCGUACCAGUCAAUUCUUUGUUCUAACAAAUUCACACGUUCUAAAAUCUUUUUGGUGUUUUACUAGUUCGUAAAA